CAGUGUUUUGUUUCCGCUACCUUCAUUUCUAUUGGAUAUUAGUUGACAAACGUUAUUUAACGAAUUUCUCUUAUUCGUUAAUAAGAGCGCACCCUGCUUACAACACAAUUCGUCAAGUGGAAACAGAUCCAAUUAGAUUUCAAAUUCACGUUAUCCGUAUUAUUGCCGAUACAAUUUUAGUUAAUACAGACAAUAUUUUGGACAGUAAUUUUGUGAUUAUUAUAUCUAUUGAAGUAAUAAUUACAUUUCUAGAUAACUUAAAAACAGUGUUGCGACCGGCGUUGAUUAAAAUUUUUGUUAGUUGACGUAAUCGCGGCUGACAUCGCUUUAGUACGAUGCAGUCGCCGUUAAAGAAGUUUAAUACAGCUUUAUCAUAAUCUUUUAUCAUCAAAAUCGUCGUUACUGGUGAGAGCGAUAAGUGCCGGUGGUCUGGUGCGUCGGAAGUAGUAAUGUAUCGAUGAGUUUGCAAGUUUUUCGCCCGCACAGGCCGUGCCCACAACGCUGAUGUAAUUUCUAGCGCAAUGAAUGACCCGUGGGAUGUGAAAUCUGUGCGACGUUCCGGACAAUACCUGUCCUGUAUGAAAAUUAAUGGGGUACCACUUCUGCCGCCCGUUAAAUUAUGUGUAAAUAUUUCAUUCCAAUUCAAGAAUUAAUUGAUAAACUUUUAGUGAGAGUGAUUGGUUCUAUGAAAAGAAUGAUGUUAAAAAUUCGCAUUGAGUUGUCAAAAGAAUGUCGCAAAGAAAUGCAGUAUUACAAGCUGUUGGCUAAAGAAGUCGAGAAACGAAUAUCUAUGCUCCAGCCUUAUGUGUCUGAUAGUGAAACAGAGAUCAGUGAUGACAAAACCGACGCUCCCGAGCUCCCAGAGAAUGAAGAAAACUAUGAAAUAACUAAAGAAGAUAUUCAGCCAGUCUUCAACCCAGACACUACAGUUGUACAAAAACUCGAAACUGAAGUAGACAAAAAUAUUUUUGCUGACACUAAAUUUCAAACUAGUGAUGUUUACAGUAGUUUGCAAUCAAAUAUUACAGUUGUAGAGGCUAAUGGUGUAAGUUCUGGAUAUGAUUCUUCAAAAUUGAUAUUAGAUUUGAGCCUAAAUAUCAAUGAAACAAACAAAAAUAUUCUGGAUACUAAUAAGGAAAUACCACAGCGUACGUCACCUAAUCUUGAUGUGCCCGAACGGGACUAUGAACGGCCGGGUAAAAUACACGAAAAAGAACUUUUAACAGAAUUUGAUACAGUAAAAACAAGCAGACGCGAACAAAAGUCGCGAGAUUUUGAUUUAAAAGGUAGCCUGUCGAGAAAUCCUUUUCCAAAUUUACCGAUGAAUGAGGAUGGACCGUCUUCUCUCAGCGCAAAAAGCUUUACAGGGUCUCUCAAUGACAUUCACACGGACAGCAUGAAAGACUCCCAAAUAACUCCUAAAUUAAUUCGUCAAAGAUCGUAUACCUUGUUGAAACCAGGCCCUCAACUUCUUGCACAUUUGGAAGUACAGUCUUUGAGUACAGGAGUUGCAAUAAGCUGUAUAUCGAUGAGCGAAUCGCUCUCUAACCUCAGUACGCCAAAUAAGAAACGGAGAAGUUGGGAUUUGGAGACUGCGAAAGUUAAAUGGUCCUCCAUGGCCAUGGAGUUAAAACAGAAGAAUUUACCAAAUAAAUCGACUACCAAUACUGUUAAAACUACAACGACAAAAACUACUGCUAAGAAGUCGCCUAUAGUAUCACCUCCUAGGGCAAGAUCUCUGGCGUUGGAGAAAAGCCGACAGGAAAGUUUGUCGAGGAGUUUACCCAAAUCCGAACCAGUACAAAGAAACAAGAAAUCUUUAAGCCCCGUCCGAAAUGCUUCUACUAAAACUAGUGGAAAAGACUUACACCAUAAACAAGCAAAUCAAAAUGUCGGGACUCCGGCGAAACCUGCAACUCAAAAUGUUGGAACUCCGGCGAAACAAGCUUCUCAAUUGAUAUCAGAAUCGGAGGAUCCAGCAACUCGUGUUCGGGAGCUAUACGAGAAAAUACAAAAACAACAACUGCUUCAAAUGGCGACGUUAGUUGAGAAGCAGAAACGAGAGCAGAUGUUGCUUCAGCAAGUUUUCGAAGAGCAGAACAACUUGCUAUACAAGCAGCUGAAGACGAUUGUCCCAAAAUCACCUGAUGAUAAAAACCAGGAGGUAGAACGAGGUCCUGUCAGUUUAAGUCAGUUGAUCAACCACAAAUCUCCAGACCAGAGCUUGUACGAUAGCUCUGUGUCUUCGACCCUAACUGACACGAAUCACUACAUCAGUCACUGUGAUGACGUCCUCAAAAAGAGCAGGGAUAUAACGGGAAGCAUGAAGAAACCGCAGCCAAACGCACGGAGUCAAAAUGGGAAUAGCAUUCAAUCACCAAGAACUCCUCUAGAUGGUAGCAGGACUAGAACACACUCUCCGGCCAGAAAUACGUCUAGAAGGUUGAACUACGACACUAGCGCGUCUUCCGAUCGUGAUUACGAACCGGCUUUGACCGACCGAACGAACGAUACGAUGGCGGAUCUGAACGUUACGUUCCCAUCCGAUAACAGCGGGGAUUAUCCGAAUAACAACAUAGUGAUGAGCCAUCUCUGUGGGCACGAGACGACAGUGGUCCAGACAAGUCCGACGACGACUGUCUCCGGCAUCCACAGUAGGACGGAAAGCACCCUGAAGAGUAUUGAUAGGCCUAUACAUAAUCCGGCUAGAGCGAACUCGCGCGCCAAUAAACCAAAAAUAGUGCAUCAACCGCCCACGGCUAAAGAGCGGUCGGCGGCCACAAAGAUAGUCGCAGUCGCGAAGGGUUACCUGGUGCGGCGGCUGAUGCGGACGGAGCGGGUGCAGGGCAUCGUGCAGACGAUCAAGGAUGCCCUGCUGUGCGCACUGCAGCUGCACCAGGACAGGGAGGGCAUCCGCGGCGCCGACGUCGACCUCCACCGCCGCCUCAUCCAGCAGAUAACAGCCGCAUGUUACACACUGCACGACACAUUCGUGACAAGUACGCCAGCAGAGCGUUGCGCCAUGAUCGCGGCGGACAGAGGCAGGAGGCGCUCGCUGGCCGCCAGGCAGACACCCAAACCAUUCAGACAGACGGACUUAAUGUCGCAAAGCCACACUGGCGCGUUCCCGCCGCGCAACAAGCGACCAACAUCAGCAUCUUUGAUGACUCAAUCUAACUAUGAGACAUUUAGCGGCAAGUACAGCACUAGUCGUUCGCGCUACAUGCCCAGCCCGCGGCGUCGCCCGUGGCGCUGACCCUCGCCCACGCCGCCCGCCUGCCUGCCGCGCUUCUUCGCCCACUGCUGGGCAGACAGGCGCGACGUGUAAACAUGGCCUAAAUUUUGCAGUCGUCCGUCAAGUAAUUAUGUAUGCAAAGGAUCCAGUGCCAAUUAUAAAGGGAAAUAUAUUUUUUUUCACGAUGGGCCUUUUUAUUUGUUUUGUAGUUUGAUUUUAUGGUUUUUUAGAUUUCUAUUUUUGCGACGUAUAAUAAUAUUGUGUUUUUAUUAUAGUAAACAGUUAAAAAUAUAUUAUAAGUUAUGUAAAUCGAACAUUAUCGAAAAAAAGUGCCUAAAAUAUAGCUAAGCUAGCAUAAAAUUUUGGAACUGGGUCCUUUAGGAAUGUCUAUAAUAAUCCACAAUACCAAAUUGUUAACAUAAUAAUUCCAGUCAUAAUGAUAAUGUAAUAUAACGGUGCUCGGCAUUUAACCCUAAUUAUAAACAUUAAACUAUUAAGUAAUCAGGGUUUUGUCUCCUUCGCUCUAUAAUGAUUUAACCUAAUGACGCAAUAAUGAUCAUAAUUUAUAUCACUAAAAAGGUGAAUUUAAAUUUAAAACGCUGAUAUUUUCAUAGUUUUGAGACUAAUUCGCUUGUAUAUUCACCCAAGGUCUACAGAUACUGUCAAUCUUCUCUUGUCACAGCCACGGGAGGCUUAAAAAUAGCAAUGAUCCACGAUGACAAUAGUAUCACGACAAUAUCCGGCAAUAAGCAAUACACUUUACAAGUGAGAAUAGUCAAUGAUGAUUUACUUGAUUUAUAUUUUCCAUACACAUUGUUAUAAAACAUUCCAAUUUUAGUUUCGAUCAACCAUUCUAUAAUAUAAGGGGAACUUCUGAUAUUCAUCGUUGUGUGAUUUUUUCUGAUGGAUUGUUGUAAUAAGGGUCCCUGAUUCAUGAUUGAUCCCCUUAAAGGAAUAUAAGCCAGGCGUUAUAAACUCAAAAUAGUUUUUUUUUUAUAUUUUGAUACAAAUUCCGCAAGAAUUUGCCAACUGGUAAGUCUUCUUACAAGUUCAAAGUUCAUUUCAUCAGAGAACAUAGUUCAAAUACCCGUGUAGUGUAGGAUAAGUGAUAAAUUAUGGUUGUAAGUUAUUCGCUAAGCUUCUGAAGCCGAAGUGCCUAGUUAACGGCGUAUGUUAAACUUGUUAAGGUACGGUUUGAAACACGACCGUGGCGACAUAUUAAAUCUGCAGUCGCUAACAGUGACAAGUUUCUUUGAUUUUGUAAUAUAUGUCGGCACUUUAAACUAAAGUUCCGUAUCGAUUACGUGCGGCAUGUACCCGAAUGUCCGUUCGCCCGGCAUACGCGCCUAAUGGGUACCGGGUUACUUUGUGAGUCAGUUCAAACAGUGAGCCACUUUUUGAAGGUUUUUAGGAGCGCGGCAAAGAGGCUGCAGAAAUGUACGUGCUCUUUCGAGACGAUUGCUCGUUUUAAUUUAGUUCAUGCGAUAGAGUUACUUAUCCCAAGUCUCAAUCACGGAUAACUGAGAACUGAGUUGUGGCGGAUUGAUGACGGGAGAUGCACGCGACAAGAGUGUCGCGUGCAUCUCCCGUCCUCUAGAUAAUUCAUACCUAAAAGGCUCGCGCGGCAAAUGCUAGUUUUGUUGCGCACGAACAUGGAGAGGGUAAUCGAUACGAGCCUUAAGAACGCAUAUACAAUCCCUAAAAGUGAUAAGCUGCAGUUUUCAGAAUCGUACCUUUGCUUGAUUCUUAUGCAUACUGCAAGCGACAUUAAUGCAAUUUUGGAAAUAUUUCUUGAUUAUAUAUAGAAUAUUAAAAAAUUUAAAACGGUUAUGCAACUAAAAGUAUCUUGCGACCUGCGUGUAUUUUGGUAUUUCCGAAUUUGUAGUAUUAUUUUAGUGAUACUAAUUUUAUUUGGUGAUUGUUUAUGACUUUAAUCGUAUAGACAUUUAUAAAUUAUGUAUUUUCUUAUGAGCUAUAUUUUCUUAGAGCUUGUCUUUUGUUUGAAAGAUUAUGCAUAAAGCCUGCAGCGAAUUUAAUAUCUAGUUAACAAGUGGCUUGCAGUAUGCUACGAGCUGUGAUUAUAGCAAUUGUACUGAGUGUGGGUUGUUUACAAGUAAUGCUCAGGGUCGCGCGUGCCCAAUGUCACUCAAUUGCGCUUUUGAGUGUUUCCUGCCGUAAUUUUACUAAAAUGACUAGUGUUUAUUUAGACUUGGUUUCUUGAAUACCGCAAUUACCUAAUAUUUAUUUAACACCACCGCGACAAACUACGGUCAUGCUAAAUCUCAACAAGACAACGUACAGAAAUGUAUUAAAUCUGUUUUGUUUUGUUAUAUAGUCAGCGGCCUAAUUCCGUCUACGGGGGCUAAUCAGUCUUUUUGCAAUUACAGGCGUUUUAAUUGAAGGUCAGCUUUGCCAGCCGUAUAGGUAAAUAGGGGAUUUUUUGACUCUUUCGCCCGUAUGGCUCUAAAAGUUGUCUUUCGAUUAAUACUCUCGUAAUUGCAAUAAGACGGAUAUAGUUUAGACGGAAUAGGGCCCCCUGACUAUAUUUAUAUAUCUAUUGGUUUUUUUAAUGGAAAAAAUGAGUUCUUAGAAAUAAAACAACUUAUAAACAACCCAAUUCGCUUUCGUGCUGUUUGAACCGUAUGGAGGCCUUCAUCGCGCCGAAUUUUAAAUUCCAGUACAUAAGUUUAGUUAUAAGAUGUUUAAAUUCGCUAGUGUAAUGCGUGUUAUGUAGUCGUUUAGGAGAACAGUCCUGCUGAACUGCUUGCGUAUUCUACUGAUAAUAUGGACAUAAUCGUAUUUAAAUAGAGUUGAAAAUUGAAUGACUGAGGCUAAAUUUGCAUGAUUUUCAGGCCCUAUGCUUUAAAACAAGCUUGCACAUUUUUAACUCUAUUUAGAUUGCAUAAGGAUAUUAUCAGUAUAAAAGUGCAUAGUUUUCGCCAGGUCUGCUUUGAUUCUCAACCAUUGAAAUUAGUUUUAAUACUUGCUCUUAUUUAUUGGCUAUGUUUUGUAUGCGGUCUUGGCCUUUUAGUUUCAUCUUUAAGUACUUCAUUUAUUCUUGUAUUUUGAGUAAACGAGUAGAGUUUUAUUUGUAUUGAUGACGAGGCAUUUCAAAGGUAACCUUGUUUUGGAAAAGAAACACUGGGAGUCGAUAUAAAAAUUCCAAUAUUAUAUAGUUUUAAUAUUUCUCCAGGACCGUAGAUUUGCUUUUAGGCAAAUUAGAUACUCAAUACAUCUUUCCUUCUUUGUAAUUAUUCUAAUUUAUGAAAUAAAAUGUAAAUUGUAUUUUGGUAUUUAUCUACUUAUCUUCUAGUCACGCACCAAUUUUCGAUAAUCAUGUUGUUUAAAAGUAUAUUUUAGGAAGGCUUUUUAAUGUUUGAAAUUUCGUUCUAACCGUGGAAGUAUUAAGAAAUUGUUAUAAAUAUGUUAUAAGUUAUCAGUUCAGCCAAUCUAUUAUGCUUAAAAUUUAAGCAUUUAUCAUUUCUCGUUGUUGCAAUUUAAUGCUAGUACAAAUAAAUAAUUCAGUAAUAAGGUAGAUUGGAGUCACUAAUCUAUACAACGGAGUGAAGUUAGUCACGCGGAGUCUUUGGUUACCUCCGGAUCGAUCAUUGAAAUCGACCAAUCGGAAGUAUGUUUGAUCGUCGAUUAUUUUGGAUUGGUUGGUAUAUUUUCGAGUUCGAUCUGAAGGACCUAAUGGCAUUUAGGACAUGUUGUCAUAAUGAUUAAAGUAAGUUGUAUAACAAUAUAUUAUUUUAGCUUCUACAUACUUUUCAGUAGGCUCGGAAUUCCUCGUUCUUCCCAAAGAUUGUUCCCGUCGAGACAGUGAGAUAUAUUUUCAUUCAUACAUUUUAUACGCAAUAAAUUAUUCUGAAACUGA